AAAUCGGAUCUUGUCAGUUAGGGAGUCAAUGUUAGAGUGGGCCAGCAAAACAACUCCCACCGUCAAUUUGUCGCCCCCCGAUCCUCAAUCGACGGCAUAUGAUCCUCACCUACAUCGCAUCAUCCCGUACACAAUCCUAGCACCCCACUCCACACCCUUUGCAUUUUCCUUCGGAAUCCCAAGAAGAAACCCCACGUUGCAUUAAAAACGCCACGCCGGCCCACGGCACCCUCCGACUCCGUGAAGUCUUCUCUCGAAAUCCAUCUCAUUCUUAGCUUCGAGAAAUUUGAGCUCCAAUGGAGUUUCCGUAGCUCUGUUUUUCUUCGAGUAGAACAAAGAUCUCUGGCUCGGCCGUGUUCUUGUUUCAGGUGCUUUGAAAAUUAUUCAGUUUUCUUGUACCUUGUAAAAUGGAGCAGUAUGAAAUACUGGAGCAGAUUGGAAAAGGAUCUUUUGGUUCUGCUCUUCUUGUGAGGCAUAAACAUGAAAGGAAAAAAUACGUGUUGAAAAAGAUUCGUCUUGCUCGCCAAACUGAUAGGGCCCGUAGAUCUGCCCACCAGGAGAUGGAGCUGAUUUCUAAAGCUCAAAAUCCAUUUAUUGUGGAGUACAAAGACUCUUGGGUGGAGAAGGGUUGCUAUGUUUGCAUAAUUAUAGGUUAUUGUGAAGGAGGAGAUAUGGCGGAAGCUAUAAAAAGGGCCAAUAGUGUUCAUUUUCCUGAAGAGAAACUUUGUAAGUGGCUGGUGCAACUUCUAAUGGCCCUUGAUUACUUGCACAAGAACCAUAUUCUUCACCGUGAUGUCAAGUGUUCAAAUAUAUUUUUGACCAAAGAUCAAGACAUCCGUUUAGGUGAUUUUGGUCUUGCUAAGAUACUGACUUCUGAUGAUCUUGCUUCAUCGGUUGUGGGAACUCCUAGUUAUAUGUGUCCUGAGCUACUUGCUGAUAUACCAUAUGGUUCCAAGUCAGACAUUUGGUCUUUAGGAUGUUGCAUGUAUGAGAUAGCUGCUCACAGGCCUGCAUUUAAAGCUUUUGAUAUUCAGGCUCUGAUUAACAAAAUAAAUAAGUCUAUAGUGGCUCCUCUGCCAACCAUGUACUCUGGUGCAUUCCGUGGACUCAUAAAAAGCAUGCUGCGGAAGAAUCCAGAACUUAGGCCUAGCGCUGCUGAGUUGCUUACUCACCAACACCUUCAACCUUAUGUCCUUGAAGUAAAUUUAAAAUUGAACAGCCCUAGACGGAGCAGCUUCCCAGUCCGCUGGUCUGAUUCUAACUUCAUAAAGAAAACUAGAUUUGUAGAUCCUGAUGAUAUGCCGGUUCUUAAUUACAGAGAGAGAAGGCUGUCAAUCAGCAAUGAUAGGGCCUUAAAUCCUAGUGUUUCUGGAACCGAACAGAACUCUUGUUGUUCUACACAGAGGGAACAUGAUAUUCCAAGUUAUUUGAAUCAGAAGUUCACAGAAUUUUCUGUUGGUGUUGACCAUGAAGUAAUUGAGAAGUCAAUAGCCACAAAUUUCUCCACUGUUUCGAAGACUCCAAGACUGACACCAGCAAAAGUAAUUGCUACCCCAGGGAGACAUACAACCCCAUCAAAGAUAUGCCCUAGUCGCCAAAACCGCAAUCCUCUUCCAGUAUCACAUACCCCCGCAAGUAGGUCAUCUCAGGCAUCAAGAAGAGUCUCCCUUCCACUGCCAACAAGAACGGCAGUCCCAAUGACCCCUUGUAGAGCUAAUAUUGGUCUGCUUCCCACCGAGUCUAUAGAUGUUUCUGUCAAUGCCCCACGAAUUGACAAGAUUGCGGAAUUCCCUUUAGCUUCUUACGAAGAUCCCCUUUUGCCAAUCCGUGCCACAUCCUCAACAUCUGCGAAGUGCUCUUCUUCAUCAAUGGACAGUGCUGACCCUUCUAUCACAAAGGACAAGUGCACAAUCCAGGUUGUGGACAAAUCUGUUACCAGGUCAAACUGCACUGAUGGAAGCUGUGGAGGUUCCGUAAGGGAGAGCAAAUGCUCAGAGCAUAACCGCACUGCCAGCCAUUCAUCUUCUGAAUCAAGACAGCAGCGGUUCAACACGUCAUCCUACCAGCAACGUGCGGAGGCAUUGGAGGGACUGCUCGAGUUCAGUGCAAGGCUUCUACAACAAGAAAGGUAUGAAGAGCUUGGGGUGUUGUUGAAGCCAUUUGGACCUGAGAAAGUUUCUCCUAGAGAAACAGCCAUUUGGCUUGCCAAGAGCUUCAAAGAAACUCAAGUAUAAACCAGAACUCCUAACAUUCUCAAAUGAUAAUUGCUACCUCAUUGUAAAUUUCCACCCACUUUCUGGUACUGGAAUACGAAGGAAAAUUACGUCAGUCUUCCUACUCAGAAGACUGCAAGCUGGUGGAAAUGUGGUCCUGGUCCUUUAGCCAUAAGGGUUACUUCCUACUUCCUUCCUUUUCCUUUUUUCAAAAUGGUGUCUGUUUGAACAAUGUAAUUUUAGAAGAAAAGGAAAUGUUUGAA